AUGCGCCUUUUUACUGAAGAGCAGCAGAGUUUAGAAAAAGUGACUGCCUCAAUCGUCACUUCACACUUCACCUACUUGUCCACAGGAGUCGGGAGCGAGGUGCUGUCCCGGAGGAUGUGCAUGAGCCUGAGCACCAGGCCCUUGCCCGUGGCCCGCAUCCGCACCUACACCAUCAACGAGGGCCCCAUGCGGGCUGUCAUAUUCAUCACCAAACGGGGCAUCAAGGUGUGUGCAGAUCCUAAAGCCUUGUGGGUGAAAAAGGCCAUGAAAGAUGUGGAUAGAACCAGGAGUCUUCCUAUGACCCAGAUGAGCUCCUCAGGGACCCAGAACCCUACCAGCAUAGCUCGGACCCUGAAUGCUUAGCCACCGCCCCUUAGCUCUCU